AGCCGUGACCGCGCCGCGCGCGCGCUCGCUGUGUAGUGGUGUUGCGGCUCCUUUAAGAGACGCUCCCGUUCCCUGUGGAAUGAUGGUGACGUUUCUCAGCUGCUUCCGUUCCGCCGUUUUGUCCGCGGUGAUGUUGCGCGAGCGCGCUGUGGACUCAAACAAACAAACGAACGAAGAAACGGAGCCGCAGCUGAACCGCAACCGGAGCCGCUUCACUCGGACCGCAGCCGAUUUUUGAGAGGUGAAGGCGUGGCGCGCGCACCUUUCAGGCCACGCCCAGGCGACACAACCAAUGCAGUUCCACGUCAGCGCGAGCUAUAAGGCAGAGAGUGUCGCGCGCCGGGGUCCGCGGUUCCGCGCUGUGUGUUGAUGGACCGGGACCGGAACAGAACUGCGCGCGCGCGGCUGUAAUGCUCAGAUGCGUGUAUAUACAUGCCGACGCAUGAAAACGCGUGACGUACUGAAGCCACGCCCACUGUCACCGAUUGAAGAUGGAAGAGCAGUUGGCAGACAUGGAGAUGACCCCACUGAUGGAGGAAGAGGAAGGAGGAGAGAACUCUGAGGAGGAGAGCGCCAGCGAGCAGCCGCCACAUGGCAUCACUUUCAUGCAGACAUUACUUCAUCUGUUAAAGGGCAACAUCGGCACAGGGCUGCUCGGAUUGCCGCUGGCACUGAGGAAUGCUGGGAUACUGUUGGGCCCGGUGUGUUUGGUGCUGAUGGGAGUGGUUUGUGUUCACUGCAUGCACAUUCUGGUGAACUGCAGCCACCAGCUGAGCGAGAGGUUAAAGAAGUCGCCUCUUAGUUAUAGUGAGACGGUAGCUGUUGCCAUGGAGACAAGCUCCUCCCACUGCCUAAGGAAAGGUGCCAAUUUUGGCAGACUUUUUGUGAACAACUUCCUGGUUUUGACCCAGCUGGGCUUCUGCAGCGUGUACUUUGUCUUCCUGGCGGAGAACAUCAAACAGGUGAUAGAGGGUCACUACGUUAACUCCUCCUCAUCAUCAGAAGCAGUGUUAGCAGUUUACUCCAACAGCUCAGAUGUGGUUGGAGGCCCUGUUGUUUCCACAGCAACAGGGCUGGACCAGAGAGUGUACAUGCUCCUCCUCCUACCCUUCCUCAUCCUGCUCACCUUCAUCAGGGAGCUGAGCAACAUGGCACCUCUGUGUGCUGCAGCCAACGUCGCCAUGGCCGCCAGCCUCGCGCUCCUCUACACCUACGUUCUCGCUGAUGUCGGUGACCCCAGGCAGCUCCCAUACGUCUCCACAUGGAAUAAGUUCCCCUUCUUUUUCGGAACUGCCAUCUUUGCCUUUGAAGGGAUUGGAGUGGUUCUUCCUGUAGAGAAUCAGAUGCGUGAGCCAAAGCGCUUCCCCUGCGCUCUUAAUGUCUCCAUGGGCAUCGUUACUGUCCUCUACGUUACCUUGGCAACACUUGGCUAUCUCCGCUUCGGUGACGACAUCAAAGGAAGCAUCACGCUCAACCUGCCACAUGACACCUGGUCUAACCUUCUGGUGAAGGUGCUCUACUCGUUCGGCGUGUUUGUGACAUUUGCCGUUCAGUUCUUUGUUGCUGCGGAGAUCGUGGUACCCGCUGUGUGUGAGCGUGUAUCAGAAAGAUGGAGACGACACACUGACUUCUGUACACGAACAUUCCUGACCUGCAUUACCUGCGCAUUGGCUGUUCUCGUCCCUCGUUUGGACCUGGUGAUCUCAUUGGUGGGUGCGGUGAGUAGCUCCGCCCUGGCGCUCAUCUUCCCGCCCCUGGUAGAGCUGAUCACUUGCUCCACUCGUCCAUCUGCAUUCCUUUUCCUGAAGGAUCUGUCCAUCACCCUGAUCGGAUUUCUCGGCUUCCUCACCGGAACUUACGUCACAGUCCAGGAGAUCUUUUACCCAUCUCCAUGAUGACGAAAACAAAGCCCCACCCACCCAGUGCACUGCUCUGUACAGUGAUAAUGUACAGCAUUGUGUGUAACACACACAUACCUCAUGCUCUUGGAGACGAAUACGUGGGAUGACACUUUUUUUUUUUUUUAAAUAACUCUAUUACUUUUUCAUUCCAGCUGCACACACUGCCAUCCCUCACCGUGUGUGUGAGAGAGAGACAUGACUGUAAUGAGACCACCGAUGUCUGCGCCAUGUGGUGCAUUACAUUCCUCUUAUUACAGGUGUGUUUAUGGGAGUGGCAGUAAAUAUACUGUAAGUGCUGUACACUGUAUUGUGUGUAUUUAUGUAUGUAUGUAUAUGUACAUAUACUUUGAUUAAACAGAUUUAUUAGUAAUAAAUAAACAACUUUAA